UUAGAAUUCAGUGUCGUGUGGUAUAUUGUUCUAUUAUUAUAAGUUAAAAUGUCUUACGAGUUAACAAAAGGUGCCAUACAAACUAUUAUGACUGGAGGUGAAGUAGUUUGUCCGGUUUUACAGAUUCUUGGUAGCAAAGAAAUUUCGAGCAACAACCCCAGUAAGAGAUACAGGAUUCUAAUUUCUGAUGGUGUUCACUUGAAUAGUUAUGCUAUGCUUGCUUCUCAUCUUACACCUAUGUUACUUAGUGGAGAAUUGGUGGAAAACAGUGUUGUAAAAAUUACAAACCAUGUUGCAAGUAUUGUCAAAAAUGCAGAUAAGGGUGAUAAGAGAAUAAUGGUUAUAUUAGACCUGGAAGUGAUUAUGCAUGGAGCACAGGUAGGGAUGAAAAUAGGGAAUCCUGUUCAGUUUGACCCAAAUCAGCAGUCUCAGCAGCCGAUCCCGUCACAGCCAGCUCCUCAGGCCUCUCAGCCAAAGCCUCAGCUCCAGCAAAGGAUCAAUGAACCUGUCACGCCAAAGUCCAAGCCAGCAUUCAAUGGGUAUCAAAACGAAACUAUUUAUAAUUCACCUAAAACAACCAAAACUCAUCCUAUUGCCAGUAUUUCACCUUAUCAAAACAAUUGGACAAUUAAAGUUCGUGUAACAUCUAAAUCACAGGUUAGGACUUGGUCAAAUGCCAAAGGAGAAGGAAAAUUAUUCAGUAUGGAUCUAGUUGACGAAUCUGGUGAAAUACGGGCUACUGCUUUCAAAGAUCAAGUUGAUAAAUUUUAUGAUAUGAUUGAGGAGGAUAAGCUCUACUACAUAAGCAAGUGCCAAGUUAAAAUGGCUAAUAAGAAGUUUUGUACAUUAAAUAACAAUUACGAAUUGUCUUUUACUAGUGAGACCCAGGUCAUACCCUGUGUCGAGGAAGAUACUGCCAUUCCAAAAUUACAAUUCAAUUUUGCUUCUUUGAGUACCAUCCAGGAUGCCGAAGCAGGAUCUAUUUUAGAUUUCAUAGGAGUGUGUAAAACUUCAGGAGAUGUUGUUUCCUUAACUGCACGUACUACCAAUCGUGAAUUGAAAAAACGAGACAUAACUAUUGUGGACCGAUCUCUAACAGCGGUUACACUUACCUUGUGGGGAAAUCAGGCUGAAGAAUUCAGAGGAGAUACACAUCCCGUUGUUGCUGUUAAAGGAGGAAAAGUCUCUGAAUUUGGAGGUGGUAAAUCAGUUUCGCUAUUGGCUAGUUCUGUUCUUCAAGUGAACCCUGAUAUACCAGAGGCACAUAGGUUGAAGGGAUGGUUCGAUGACCUUACUGAAGAUGCUAAAUUUAACUCUGUCUCUUCUAGAUCAGAAUCAGGCAGUGGUGGAAAGUGGUACUUGAUUGGAGAAGCUGUUGCUUCUAAAGUUGGAUGUGGAGAAAAAGCAGAGUAUUUCUCAACUUAUGCUACAGUUAUGCACGUGAGGCAAGAAAGGUGUGUUUAUAAAGCCUGUCCCACACCAGAUUGUCAAAAGAAGGUUAUUGAUCAGAAUACAGGACAAUAUAAGUGUGAAAAAUGCAACAGGGAGUUUGAUUCAUUUAAAUAUCGUCUCAUGCUAAGUGUAGAUAUAGGAGACUUUAGCGGACACCAAUGGAUAACAAUCUUUCAAGAGGCAGCAGAAGAAUUGUUGGGUGUUUCAGCUGAAACAGUUGGACGGCUGCAGGAAGAAAAUACGUCACAAUUUGGAGACAUAUUCAGAAAUGUUACCCUACAGCCUUUCCAGUUUAAACUUCGAGCUAAAAUGGAAACAUAUAAUGAUGAAAGCCGAUUGAAAAUGUCAGCAUUUUCUGUAAAGAAACCAGAUGUUAAUGAUCGUUGCCGUAGGCUUUUAUCAGAAAUCCGUGAGCUCAGUGGGAUUGAAGUUCGUUAAACUAUGCAUUAAAAUAUAUUUGUUAUUUUUAGAUUUAAUCUUAAAAAAUAAAAUUCCUUUAAUGUAUUAUUAUUUUUAAGCUUAUUGGUUGUGAAAGUGAUUACUGUAUUUGAAUAAUUGUGAACUAUCCUAUGUAAAUAUAUUAGUGUUAAUUAUAACUUUAUGUUAGUUGUUUUUCUGUCAUUCAUGUAUAAUAUCACUUGCA